AUGCGCUCAUCAGGGAGGAAGAUGUGUCGUACUCUUCUUUUUAACUCGUUAUUUAUGUUAUUACUGCUGCUUGGCGCCGCGACUCCGGCGAGUGCCUCGGUUCACUUUGUGCUGAAGGACACGCACCCUGUCUGCUUCGUGGAGGAGGUAGACGAGAGCACGCGGGUCGUUUCCGGCGAGUACACGCGUGCUCCGGGGGCUGCGGCCAACGUCCCUGCCCGCAUCGUUGUGAGGGACCCCAACGGCGAGGAAGUGUCAAGCAACGGGCUAAUGGUGGGGGCGCACGCAUUCACAGCACCCGUGGGCGAGGACACAUCUGGCCAGUACAUGUUGUGUGUGCAUGUGACGGAGAGGGGUUGGGAGGCACAAUCCGAGGCGCAAGGCAUCCUCGUGGAGUUCAGAACGGAUCAGAAGUCCAGCAUUAUUCCAGAGACGGAGAUGCCAAUGCUUAAGCGUCAGAAGGUGGACGGCCUGGAGGUUUUUACAUUCCGCGACUUUGGUGGGGAGCAGAAGGACAUUCUGCGGCCAGCAGAGUACAUUCGACGCGUUGAGGGGGCGUUAUCGACACUGAUCACGCUUGUUUCAGACACGCACGGUGAGAUCGAACACCUUGUGGGUCGCUUCAAACGCAUGCGACGCACCUCCGAGAGCACCUACACGAGAAUAUGGGCCUUUGGUAUAAUCACCGUCCUAGUCAUGGUGGUGGUCACGUGGCUGCAGUUCACGUUCCUCAAAUCCACCCUGCGGCAGAAAAAAUUGGUGUAG